AUGCAAGAAUCUCCAGCCUAAGGAAGUGGAUAAACCAUGCCUCAAAGCCAUCAGGAGUUGUUUGGGUACUAUAUGAAUAAUGUACUCGAGCGUCAAGAUGAUGACGAGGAUGUAUUUUUAGUAAAUGAUAAUAAUUAAAAGAAAAGAGAAAACAAAAGCAACGAUAUAAAUCAGUAAUAAAUGAUAAAUAAUACAACCCCCGCUGUUAUUAAUGAUUCUUCUAGCAAUAAUCAAGCAUCGCUCGUAGCAUCAAAGCUGAAAAAUUUUAACGCCUUUCAAAGCUAGUCAUCUGAUCCCCUGGUUCCUUAUGAUCCAUCUAAAAAUUCAAUGGGAGAAGAGUAUAAACUCUACAGAUAUCGCUUUUUCAAUCUUGCGUUGUAUUGCUUUGCUGCCAUGAUAAACUAAAUCGCAUGGAUAUCGCUUCAACCAGUUGCAGAUGCAGUCAGCAAUGCUUAUGAUAAAGACACGACCACUGUGAACACAAUUUCUCUUGUAUAUAUGGGAGUUUACUUGCUAGUACUAAUUGGAACUAUGCUGACCUUUGCUGGCAUGUGGAUUAAAGUUUUAGUCAACGAGGGAUUCUACAUUCUCAUUAUUGGCUAAAUGAUAUCAGCCAUUGGACAACCUUUCCUUACAAAUGCACCAGCAAAAGUAGCUGCUUAGUGGUAUGCUACAACAAUCGCAACUGCGUCUAUUCCAUUGGGAGUAGCAGUAGGAUUCGUAAUUCCAUCAAUAUUUGUAGACAAUGAUGACAAUUUGCCUUAAAAUAAGGACAAUGCUCGCGAUCAUAUCUUCAAUUCCUUGUUAUGCUAGGCUAUUAUAGCUUCGGUCAUAGCAGCUCUCAUUUUAUUCUUUUUCAGAGAGAAGCCACCUACACCACCAAGUCCAUCAGCAGGUGUUUAAAAAGAUCCAUUUUGGCCUAGUAUUAGACAACUUUUCUACAAUAAGAAUGUUUGGCUGUUGGUUAUCAUUUUUGGGUUUGUAUAAGGAGUGUUUAACACCCUAGGAACUGUUGUCGGAGAGAUCUCAGCUUAAUAUGACUACGGAGCUGAUGCAGCAUCUCUAUUCGGAGCAAUUUUUAUUAUUGGGGGCAUUAUUGGAUCUGCAUGCUUUGGAGUGUGGGUUGAAAUAAAAAAGACAUAUAAACUUUCAGUUAUAAUUAUCUCAAUUUUAUCAGCUUUAAGUAUUGUUGGUGUAGCUUUUAGUUUUAUGACUGGAUUAGUCUGGCUUUCAACGCUGUUUUGCUUCAUUGUGGGUUUUUCAAUGAUUCCAAUUAUGGCAGUAGGAUUUGAAUUAGGAGUCGAAGUAACAUAUCCUAUCGAUGAAUCAUAUUCAACAGGUUUACUAAUGUUUUCUGGUUAGCUACUAGGAAUUAUUUAUGUAAUCCAUCAUUCCUUUACUCUUAAUGAUUUAUAGACUGUUAUUAGUAGUGAAUUAAUAAAAGAUUAUCAAAAGGAAGGAUGUUUGAUAUCUGAGGGUAUAUAUGUAGCGUCAUUAGUAGUUUCAAUUGCACUAUCAUUUUUCGUUAAAGAAGAUCUGAGAAGACAAAGACAGGAAAAGCUCAAGAAGGAUAGAGAUAGAGAUAAUGCAACGAUUAAAACCUAGGAGAUUAAGUAUGGGGGUUCAAGAUCACAAAGUGGCAAUGAAAUCGAGUAAUACUAAGAAAAUAAUGAAUGA